AUGGCAAUAUCAAUUAUACCAACAAAACCAAAACGAUAUUAUUUACCGUUAUCAUUAUCAUUUGAUGAUACCGAUUGUCGCUACAAACGAUGGCAGUAUAAUAUCAGCCAAUCACUACGAAGAACAAAUAUUAAUAAUUUACAAUAUUUUGAUGCUGAAUUAUUCGUACAUACCAUAAUACAUCAACCAGAUGCUAUGCCUAUGCAACAAUCUUUUAUCAAAAAUCAAUUGAAACAAGUAGAAUGUAUUUCAAAGCAAAUGUCAUCACAACAGUUAUCAAAACAUUCUCCACAAUUGGCACUAACACAAUGCAAUGGCGAACAAAUAUUUCAAAAAUGCUACAAUGAACGAUCAAAAAAUAUAAAUUCGAAGAAAUUUUCGAAAAUUUUCCCAACAACAAAGCACAACAAUAAUAACAAUAAUAAUAAUUUAUUAUCAAUACGAAAUGAAAUUGAUGCGAACAAUGCGAUUAAUCUGAUCGAUCAAAAUUACAAUAUGAAUUUAGGAAUAAAAUUAUUAGCAAAUGCAUCACAUUCUAAUCGUUUAAAUACUGAACAACGUCUUAAAACAACGUUUAUUACAUCAGCCGAAAAAAUGAAACAUAUUUUUUAUCGAAAUACAAAAAUGAUUGAAAAUCCGGCAACAUCAAAGGGUCAUAAAUAUAUUCAAAAAUUACAACAUCCAAUGAAGUAUUUUACUGAUGAAGAUAGUGAUGUUUUCAAAUUGAUAUCGUAA